AUGUCAAUCAGCUCCAUAACCGGCCUCAUGUCUAGCUACUCGCCCCUCACUGAUCGCAGUCCUUCUGCUUCAGAGGAUGAAAAGGACCUUUGUUCUCAACUUCGUCCUGAUGUCGAGGCCGGCAACCGCACCCGACACGAUGACUCUGAACGGAAGUCAUCGCGGUUUAUUGACGGUCGCACGGUGUCAGAUGCUAUCAUCGGUCUUUCAGAUGGGAUGACUGUGCCUUUUGCUCUGACUGCUGGAUUAUCUGCGUUGGGAGAUACCAAGAUUGUCGUGUUCGGUGGACUUGCAGAGCUCAUCGCAGGGUCCAUCUCCAUGGGGCUUGGUGGAUAUCUGGGUGCCAAAAGCGAAGAGGAAUCAUACAAAGCUACAUUGAAAGAAACACAGGCGCAGACAACAACGGAUCCCAACUCUAUAUCCGAGACCAUCUCUGAUAUCUUCGAGCCAUAUGAAUUGCCUGCUGAGUUAGUCCAACAACUCAAGAAUCACCUGUCGUCCUCUCCAAUGCUGCCAUCUUUCCUCAUGAACUUCCACCACACUAUGCCCGAACCUUCCGGGUCACGAGCCGUCAUCUGUGCCUUGACUAUCGCCCUGGGGUAUUUCCUCGGUGGAUUUGUUCCUCUAAUCCCAUACUUCUUUGUCGGGCCCGACGAAGCCUUCGUCGCCCUACGCUGGUCCAUCGCUACCAUGGUAAUCGCGUUAUUCAUUUUCGGAUAUGGAAAGACAUGCUUUGUCAGUGGCUGGCGCGGCCGUCGAAAUGCUCGCAAGGGUCUCGUUGGGGGUAUUCAAAUGGUACUGGUCGGUAGCAUCGCCGCGGGUUCUGCGAUGGGGCUGGUGAAAGGCUUCCAGAUGCUGGCUGAUGGCCCUGAAGACCAGAAGCAUGACUAA